CGGGAGCCGCGCCCGGGGCAGCCUGGAGUGGGGGAGCAGAGAUGAGCAGCAACUCGGACCGCCAGUGUCCUGUGGACGGAGAUACUGAUCAACAAGAGAUGAUUCCAAGUAAGAAGAAUGCUGUUCUUGUGGAUGGGGUUGUGCUGAAUGGUCCUACAACAGAUGCAAAAGCUGGAGAAAAAUUUGUUGAAGAGGCCUGUAGGCUAAUAAUGGAAGAGGUGGUUUUGAAAGCUACAGAUGUCAAUGAGAAGGUGUGUGAAUGGAGGCCUCCUGAACAACUGAAACAGCUUCUUGAUUUGGAGAUGAGAGACUCAGGCGAGCCACUCCAUAAACUAUUGGAACUCUGUCGGGAUGUCAUUCGCUACAGCGUCAAAACUAACCACCCAAGAUUUUUCAACCAAUUGUAUGCUGGACUUGAUUAUUACUCCUUGGUGGCCCGAUUUAUGACUGAAGCAUUGAAUCCAAGUGUUUAUACGUAUGAGGUGUCCCCAGUGUUUCUGUUAGUGGAAGAAGCGGUUCUGAAGAAAAUGAUUGAAUUUAUUGGCUGGAAAGAAGGGGAUGGAAUAUUUAACCCAGGUGGCUCAGUGUCCAAUAUGUAUGCAAUGAAUUUAGCUAGAUACAAAUAUUGUCCUGAUAUUAAGGAAAAGGGGCUGUCUGGUUCACCAAGAUUAAUCCUUUUCACAUCUGCAGAGUGUCAUUACUCCAUGAAGAAGGCAGCCUCUUUUCUUGGGAUUGGCACUGAGAAUGUUUGCUUUGUGGAAACAGAUGGAAGAGGUAAAAUGAUACCUGAGGAACUGGAGAAGCAAGUCUGGCAAGCCAGAAAAGAGGGGGCAGCACCGUUUCUUGUCUGUGCCACUUCUGGUACAACUGUGUUGGGAGCUUUUGACCCUUUGGAUGAAAUAGCAGACAUCUGUGAGAGGCACAGCCUCUGGCUUCAUGUAGAUGCUUCUUGGGGUGGCUCAGCUUUGAUGUCGAGGAAGCACCGCAAGCUUCUGCGUGGCAUCCACAGGGCUGACUCUGUAGCCUGGAACCCACACAAGAUGCUGAUGGCUGGGAUCCAGUGCUGUGCUCUCCUUGUGAAAGACAAAUCUGAUCUUCUUAAAAAAUGCUACUCUGCCAAGGCAUCUUACCUCUUCCAGCAGGAUAAAUUCUAUGAUGUGAGCUAUGACACAGGAGACAAGUCUAUCCAAUGUAGCAGAAGACCAGAUGCAUUCAAGUUCUGGAUGACCUGGAAGGCCCUGGGUACAUUAGGCCUUGAAGAAAGAGUUAAUCGUGCUCUUGCUUUAUCUAGGUACCUAGUAGAUGAAAUCAAGAAAAGAGAAGGAUUCAAGUUACUGAUGGAACCUGAAUAUGCCAAUAUUUGCUUUUGGUACAUUCCACCGAGCCUCAGAGAGAUGGAAGAAGGACCCGAGUUCUGGGCAAAACUUAAUUUGGUCGCUCCAGCCAUUAAGGAGAGGAUGAUGAAGAAGGGAAGCUUGAUGCUGGGCUACCAGCCGCACCGGGGAAAGGUCAACUUCUUCCGCCAGGUGGUGAUCAGCCCUCAAGUGAGCCGGGAGGACAUGGACUUCCUCCUGGAUGAGAUAGACUUACUGGGUAAAGACAUGUAGCUGUGGCUUUGGUCCCCCAGAGGCAUAGAUCCUGUCCUGGAAGAGUUUAGAUCCAGAACAUCUUGGAGAUACACAGUAGAUUGCAGCCCUUCUGAAGAGAAAUAGGAAAUACUCCCAGUUCAGGCCCAGCAAAACCAAAAUGAUAAGCAAUGAAUAUUAAGGACUCUCUAGCUGCCUGGGCAUUACUGUUGCUAAAAGAAGAAAGUUAAAAAAAAAAAAUGAUUUUCUCAAGGCAUGCCCCUGGAACACAGCUCUGAAGAGAGUUUAGUAAGUACCAUGUAGGUUCUGGAUUCUAAGCUUACAUUGCUCUUUAAAGAACUUAUAAACUAACAGUUUAAAGCAGUGGUUCUCAAAGUGUGGUCCCUGGACUAUCAGCAUAAACUAUCACCUGGGAACUUGUUAAAAAUGCAGAUUCUCAGGCUUUCCCCAGACCAACUGGAUCAGAAGCUCUGGGGGUGAGGCCCAGUAUUCUGUGUUUUAACAAGCCCUUCAGGGAAUUCUGAUGCACAGUAAAAUCUGAGAAACACUGGUUUAAGAAAAACCUUGUAAUGAUCGAAUACUCACUCUGAUGUUUUGCCAGCAAACGGAUAUCUAAUAUUUCAGAAGCCUCUGAGCCAGUCUUUGAAAAAAUACAACUAUGGCGUCUGUAGCACAAAUAUUUAAUGACAUCAGAAGCAUGUCAAAGCUAUUUUUAAAGAGAGAAACUGUAUAGGAUGUUUACUUCAUAGAGAUGUAUGUUUUUUGCAGGCUGAAUGUUUAUCUUAAAAGUUAAAAUUAUCCAUUCUCAAAAUUAUCCAUUCUCAAAAGUUAAAAUUAUAUAUAUAUACAUAUAUAUAUUUCAAAGCACAAUAAUUGAAAGCACAAUAAUUGACAGAAAAAUACAGGUUCUAUUAAUAAAUUAAUAAACUUAGUCUUCAAAAUAGAAAUGCACGUAAUAUCCAUAUUAGUUUUUUCUUGGUAGACAACUAGAAGGUUUUCUUUUUCUUCGUCUAUGACUAAUUUUCUUUAUUCAAGAUACCUGAACUGGGGUGCUUUUUAAGAAAAAUUUGGGAACAAAUUUUGGAAAUAUAUAUGUUUCUGUGAUAUAUAUAUAUACACACGUAUGUAUAUAUAUACACACACAUACAUAUAUAUAUACACACAUAUGUGUUUCUGUGUUCCUCUUUUACCUUGAGGGGCUUGUUUCUUAUCUUGCUCUGUGCCUCAUAGGGAAUAAACACAAUGAAGUCCAGGGUUGAGACAUUCCCUUUCCUAAGCUUUGAAAUGUCAGUAUAGAUUAUUAAGUGGUUUAUAUUAGAGAAUCUGGGAAUCAGCAGCCUUUCAGUGGAUAUACUUCCUCCAUUUCUCCUGAGAGUGGAUGAUUUUAAUUCUAUCUCUGACCCUGGUCCUAGAUUUCUAGGAGAGUUUUAUUUAACUAAGAAAUUGACAGAAUUCAUAGGUGUGGGUGUAGAGUUCAACAAGAUAAGAUUAUGAAUAUAAUUAAAGCUCUGCAUUAAAAGGUGAAUGAUUGAAGAGUGUUAAAGCAUUAGACUUGACAUAUUCAAUAACCUUUUCGUACUCCAUUGUUAACCAAUGUCAUUUAAAUUUGGAGUACUAUUUGCUUUUAUUACUUAUUUUCAUUUUAGUGUGCACAGUUUCUCGGUAUCUCUAUUGGUCAAAGAAUAUUAAAUCUUUCUCUGAAUUACUUCAAAUUCUCAGGUGAAACCUAUUUGUAUGUGUGUGUGUGUAUGUGUGUGUGUGUUUAUUUUGCAUUUCUUGUUGCCUUUUUGUUUUAAUGUCUACAUAAAAUAUUUCUAAAACUGAUGUUUGUAACACUUUGGGUUUCAUGAAACAAUACUAUACUUAGUGUUGUUGACUUUUCUUUUCCUGUCAUCUCCUCUUUACUGGAUUGUACCAAUACAUUUUAGAAGUGAACUGGACUUAGUUGGCAUUUUAGCUUAAUGACUGAAAAAGUAGGUUGAAAGCUCUCUGUAUUUUAGUUAACAUCUUGAAUAAAGUGGAAAAAGCAGUUACAGC